GGGCCUUCCCCAGGCUUCAGGGUAGGAAUUUCACCAGAGUCCCUGGUGACCAGCAGCCGUGCAUCCAGGUGGGGCCCCUUUGGCCCUUAGAAGCUCCCACUUGCUCCUCCCCCAUAUAAGGGCUGCCCCCUGGGCGUGGGGGCUGCGCUGGUCCUCGCUGCAGCUGAGGGCGGGAGUCUGGGUCAUGGCCUGGGGUCAGUGGGUGGCGCUGCUCUUGCUGCUGCCAGCAGCCACUCUGGGGCAGGAUCAGCGGCCGCACCUCCAGCCUGGGCUCCGAGGCCUCUGGUACCGCUAUGACUGUGGGUUCAAGAGCAUGCAGCUGCUGGUGUACCCCCCGCCAGGCCACACCGUCCACUUCAAGGCGAUGGAUGAAUUUGGGAACCUAUUCGAGGUGAACAACUGCUCCGUCUGUUACCACUGGGUCACCUCCAAGCCCGAGGGGCCCACAAUCCUCUCUGCUGAAUACAAAGGCUGCCUUGUGCUGGAGAAGGACGGCAGCUUCCACCUGAGGGUGUCCAUAGAAGCCAUCCUGCCCAGUGGUCGUGUAGCUGGGACCCGAAACGUCACCAUGACCUGCCCCCGAGAUGACCUCGCCUGGACGCCGGACACCCACCAGGCGCCCCUUGCCACAGCUUCACUUUCUACCCCGUCUGCUCAGUCCCUCCACCCUGCCUCUGACCACUCCUCUCCCAGCGCACAGUACCCAGAGCUUGGCUUCGUCCAGCCAGCCACUGCCUCGCCAUCCCUCGGAUCUGCGCCCACCCACCCCACUCCCACCCAACACCAGUGGAGCACCUGGGGACUCUGGGAAGAGGACAGGCCAGCUUACACUGGUACCCGUCUGACCCAGGACCAGUGCCAGGUGGCCUCUGGGCACAUCCCCUGCCAAGUGAGAAGUUCAAAGGCAGCCUGUCAGCAGGCUGGCUGCUGCUAUGACAACACCAGAGUGGUGCCCUGUUACUAUGGCAACACAGUGACUGUCCAGUGCUUCAGAAGUGGCCACGCGGUCCUGGUGGUGUCCCAGGAAACGGCGCUGGCACACCGGGUCUCGCUGGCCAACAUCCACCUGGCCUUCGCACCCCGAGGCUGCGCCCGGGCCCAGGAGACGGGGGCUUUCGUGGCCUUCCGCUUCCCCCUCACGCACUGCGGCACCACACUUCAGGUGCUCGGCGACCAGCUCAUCUAUGAGAACCAGCUGGUGUCCGACAUUAACGUCCAAGUGGGGCCACGGGGAUCCAUCACUCGGGACGGCACCUUCCAGCUUCUUGUCCGCUGCGUCUUCAACACCAGCGACUUCCUGCCCAUCCAAGCGUACAUCCUCCCUGCCCUGCUGCCAUCGCCCUCGCAGCAGCCCGCCGCUGUCAGCCAGGCCGGCCCCCUGCCCAUGGAGCUGCGGAUCGCCAAGGAUGCCAAUUUCAGCUCCUACUACCAGGAGGGCGACUACCCCAUCGUGAGGCUGCUCCGCCAGCCUGUCCACGUGGAGGUCCGGCUCCUGCAGCGGGUGGACCCCAGCCUGGUCCUGGUGCUGCACCAGUGCUGGGCCACUCCCAGCGUCAACCCCUUCCAGCAACCUCAGUGGACCAUCCUGUCAGACGGGUGCCCUUUCAAGGACGACAGUCACAAGACCCAGAUGGUGCCCGUGGACAGGGCCACAGUGCCCUUCCCCUCCCACUACCAGCGCUUCACGGUUGCCACCUUCGCCCUCCUGGACCCCCACAAGGUCCUUAGGAAGCAGGUUUACUUCUUCUGUAGCGUCUCCGUGUGCGCCCCGUCGGGGUUGGAGGCCUGCCUGCCGUCGUGUCACCCUGGGAAUCCACGACGGCGACGAUCCUCCGGUUCCCUCAACACCACCAGCCCCCAGAACAUCGUGAGCUCCCCGGGGCCAGUGAGCUUUGAGGAUUCUUACCGACAGGAACCUCCACUGCGACCCGCAGGAACUCCAAGCAGGAACUCCAGCCCGUGGCCGCUGCUCUGGGUGCUGCCCUUACUGUUGGCCAUCGCCCUGGUCCUGGGCGCUGGGGUCUUUGUGGGCCUGAGGCAGGUCCGGGUCCGGAAACUUCGGGAUGGCAGAGGGUGAAUGGGCUCAAUAAACUGUCCUUUCCAACCCACUAAAAGCAGUUGUGCCGUCUCCUUGCGACUAGACCAGACUCCCUCUGGCUGAGACACUGAAUUGCAGUCUGGUACCGCAUGCUUGGGUGGCGUCUGAGUCCUCUAGCAAGGAAAAGGCCAUGAUCCUCACGGAGAAAACAGGACAAGCAAG